UGAAAACAAUUAAAGGCAUUUCCAUCCAUUUUUUUCAUUCUCAUUAUUUUAAUGCCCAAUUUUGUGCAACUCGAAUAAUCAUUAUGAAGAGGAUAAAAGUCAAGAGGAUAAGACCCAAUAUAUUAUUUGAAACAUGGCUGGAAGAGUGGAGAGAUGAGGCUAGCCUGCGCAAUUCAGAGUUGCAAUAUCAUUUUUCGAAAGCACUCGAGGCACUCAGGAAGUAUCCACUGCCAUUGCAAAGCGGGAAGGACUGCAUUCUGCUUCAGCAUUUUGGUAGUAAAUUGUGUGCCAUGAUUGAUAAGAGAGUGCAGCAACAUCAAGCUGUCCAAGCACCUGAUCAACCUGAGGAUAAUCCUCUGACGAUCGAAAAGGGAUUGAAAAUCAGUGAUGAUAGCAAGAAACAGCAGGAGAAAAAUGGAAAUACACCUGUUAUGGAAAUUUCCGACGAUGAAGUCUUGAUGGAUGAGCCUUGCAGCAGUAAAAAUGCUAGGAUUGUUCCUCUAGACGAAGAUGCUAGGGUUGCUCCCCUAGAUGAUGAAUGCAUUAUGGUUGAUCCCGGUUGCAGUGAAAAUUUCAGAAUGACUCCUAGAGAUGAUCAACCCAUGAUGAGAAUUCCAAGUUGUAGUGAAAGGGAGGAAAGAAAUGACGAGCCUGAACCUUUAGCUAGACCUUCUAGAUUUAGUCUAAUGCCCACUUGUUUUGAUAUCAUUUUGCUGAUUGAUACUCAGGAAGUUAAAGGAAAAGAUAAGGACGAUCCUGUAAUCACUCAAUUAACCCGUGAAAAAAUAUCUUUCGAGAUUCGUCAUCUGAACGUAGGAGAUUUCCUCUGGAUCGCUCGAUGUCGCAGCACGAAACAAGAAUUAGUGCUUCCCUACAUCGUUGAACGCAAGCGAAUCGAUGAUUUGGCGUCCAGCAUCAAGGACGGAAGGUACCACGAGCAAAAGUUUCGACUGAAGCAAUCUGGAAUUCCUAAUGUCGUGUACAUGAUUGAGAAAUUGCCCAACGGUACCAUGAAUACUUCGAUACCCCUGACUACUCUACUCCAGGCAGCAACGAAUUCAGCAGUUCAGGACGGUUUCACCAUUAGACACACUAGGAAUCAUCGAGACUCUAUGCUGUAUCUAGCGACGUUCACGAAAAUACUUAUAAAAUUAUUUAAGGAUAAAUUAUUGAUCGAAUGUGAUAAAAACAGUCUUCCGAAGAAAAGCGAUGUUAAAAGUGAAGAAAUGACCCUCAUGGAAUUUGAAACAUUCAACAAAUCCUCGGCAAAAGUAAAAACGUUAAGAGUCAAGGACAUGUUCGUAAAACAGCUCAUCCAAAUAAAAGGGCUCUCCCUCGAUGGGACCCUGGCCAUUGUCGAGCGAUAUCCGUCCCCCUUAGCCCUGAGGAAAGCUUUCGAGGCUGCGGGAAACGAUGGGGAAAAGCUCUUAGCAACUUUACAAUUCGGCCGAACCAAGCGGAAAUUGGGACCGGUUCUUGCCAAGAUAAUAUACCAACUUUAUACGCUGGACGACCUUCGCUGAAUGAAAAUGUUAGGGCUGAUGUUAUUUGUUGAUCAAUUAUUAUUUUUAAAAUAAAAUUUUUAACAUAUACAAUAUAAACAAAUCGAUAUAUAUUAUUAUUUAAUUUAGAACGGAAGUGGUGAAGGGAGAUAAUUCAAGAUGCAUCGAUUAUAUAUUUAAAAAAAUGUAAUGUAUAAGUAUGCAUUUAAAUUCACUCCAUAUUGUUUAUAAUCAAAGUCAAUUAACGCCAUUUUGGGGUAUUUUAACCAAAUUUUUACGAAACCAACUUGUACGAUGGCUCAAAAUGUUUGUUUUGAUUAUGAGAAUUACUGAAAAAAAGACGAAAGAAAUAAAACAUCACAUAAUUUU